AUGGCUUCCUCUCCUUCAGAGCUUCGUUCCCGGAGUGGUGCGAUAGCUGUUCCGAGCUAUUGGACAGCACCGGGGGGGCGUUGACCGCCCCCACUGGCCAAGACCCCUUACCGUUGAUGGGACUGAGAUCGCUCCGUAUUUCGGCCCCACCGUUGCAUCGCCCCCACAGGACCAGCUUAUCUUCGACGGCGAACAGUUCAACAGAAAGUUCGGACACCGACGAUAGAUGCGAUAGUUCAUUGGGACUCGAAGACGAUAGAGGAGAAUUUCCAGUAGAAAUACUUCCUUGCCUCUUUCUGGGUAAUGGAGCGAGCAGCGAAGAUAGUCAGGCUCUAGCCAGGCACAAUAUACAGUAUGUGCUUAACGUCACAAAAGAUCUUCCUAAUGUGUUCGAGAAGCAAGGAAACAUGAAGUAUUUGCAGAUUCACAUUAACGACCAUUGGUCGCAGAACUUGGCAAGUCAUUUUCCGAGUGCAAUUGCAUUCAUUGAUGAAGCCAGAAAUCUACAGAAGGGAGUCCUCGUUCAUUGUUUGGCCGGCGUGUCCCGUUCCGUUACCGUAACUGUCGCUUACUUGAUGUCCAAGUAUUCCCUCAACCUCAACGACGCCUUCAAUGUCGUCCGCUCCCGCAAAUCCAACAUCGCUCCCAACUUCCAUUUCCUCCAGCAGCUCUACAAUUUCGAACGCGAGCUCAAACUCGAUGUGUCUUCCCAAAGCCCCCUACCUCUGAUGGAGCAGUUAAAACAGGAUCAGAAGGAUCGUGGAAACAAGUCGGAGCAGAAGAAGGAUAAAGGGCCGUGCCAGAACUGCGGUCUCAAAGAGAAUUGCAAGUGUAAGCAGCACAGCGACUUCCUCAGUCCACUCGCACAAAUCGGUGUCAGUCCGGAUUCUGGCAUCGAAUUCGACAGAUGGGCCACUGGCACUCCGGGAGAAUGAGAACAACAGGGGGGGUCACAGUGGCACUUUUAAAGUAUGCGGUAUACACCUACCUAGUGUCACUGUCAUCCUCCCUCCUUUUUCCUGUAGUUCGGGUAUUCUUUAUGUGUAAGCCAAACGCUUCGCACCUUUUUAGUUGAGCUCUUUUUGUUUUUGGGUCCUCGAAAUCUCCAUCAACUGUCGAGUUUUGAGAAUUUUUUUUGUAAUUGUUCAACUCUUCCAGAACCUCAAUAUUUGGAUAUUUCUUCAGAUGAAGUGAUAUUUGCACAGUGAAUUAUAGACUGAUAUGAAGGAAACAGCUGAAAAGUUAUUUGAGAAAUAUCAUAAAUAGGCACAAGAUCUUGUAAUGUGACAUUCAUUUGUAUAUUGUAUAUUUAAUAUUUUACAAAGUGUAGUUCUCCCAUUUUUUGAAUUUUUUAUUCAUUGU